GAUUCAUGUAUGUACACUUUGUUCAAACAAACAGAGCUUAAGCAUUGACUGCAACGAGUCAUAGCGACUUAGCGAGUACGCUGAUCACUUCAAAUAACACAUAUUUCCUUCCCCAAUGAAACAAAGAAGCCAUAUCCCAAGAAAAGUGGAGAAUCUAUUUUCCAUGGCUGUUUUUCCAUGUUUUCUCAUUAUUUCCGCAUUAAUGGCAGCAUCAGCCCAGCAACAAAGAUAUUCCAAUAUUUCCCUUGGAUCUUCUUUAACCCCCAGUACAAAUUCAUCAUGGCUGUCACCUUUUGGACUCUAUGCUUUUGGAUUCUACAACGUAACAAAUGGCUAUGCUGUUGGAAUUUUUCUUGCUGGGAUUCCAGAAAAAACUGUAGUGUGGACAGCCAACAGGGAUGAUCCCGUCUCUCCCAGCGACGUGGUUUUAGUAUUAACCAAUGAUGGAAGGCUCAUUUUGCAGCAGGAAGGUAGAGAUGACAAAAAUAUUGUGCCUGUUGCUUCAGCUUCAAUGCUUGACAAUGGAAAUUUUGUGCUGUACGAUUCGGCUCAGAAUAUCACAUGGCAGAGUUUUGAUAACCCGACGGACGCUCUUUUGCCCGGGCAACGUCUAUCGGCUGGAGAAGAGAUCGUCUCCAGUGCUUCGAAAUCGAACCCUGCCAAAGGGAUUUUCAGUCUCAGGAUGCAAGCUGAUGGGAACCUGGUGCAAUACCCUGCGGAACCUAACGUCACGUCGUCUGAUGCUUACUAUUCAACACAAACCUUUGGACAGGGCAGUGAUGUAUCAUUGAAUCUUGAUAAUAAUGGCCAUCCUUAUUUGUUCGAUGGAAUCUCCAUUAUAUUCAAUUUAUCAACGCGACAAUAUCGAACAAGAACUAUCUACCUCAUCCUCAUGAGAAUUGAUGUGGAUGGUAUUUUUCGUGUAUAUAAUCGCUCGUUGGAUCGUCAAGGCAACUGGGCUAUAGAAUGGUUCUCCAAUGAAGAUAAAUGUGUCCCAAAGGGUGCAUGCCCGGUAAAUAGUCUCUGUAGUAUGGCGGAUGGGCAUACAGGGUGUGAAUGUCUUCCAGGAUUUUUACCUGUUAUUCCAGGCAAUCUGAGCUUAGGAUGUGAAAGGAAUUUUUCCAUGGAAAGUUGUAAAGACAAUGAUCAAAAUGUCAGUUAUAGAAUGAGAUCCCUGGAUAACACAGUGUGGGAAGACACUGAUUAUGAUAUUAUAGAAGAUAUGAAGACUAAAGAAGAUUGUGAAAAUGCUUGUUUGGGCGACUGCAAUUGUGAUGCCGCUUUCUUUAAAGAUGGAAUCUGCAGAAAGCAAAAGCUUCCAUUGAGAUACGGAAGAAGAUUGCAGGGUGAUUCAAACGUUGCUCUUAUCAAGGUGGGCACAAGUUCAUCUUUCACACAGGGAGUUCCAAAUAAUUCAGUUAAUGAAGUCGUGAAAAAACGUCGUCUAGACAACUUCUUAAUCAUCAGAAUUUCGCUUGUUGCUUUGGCUGCAAUGAUCUUGGCAAUUUCUUGGGUUUAUGUCCACCGAAAUCAUGUUGGGACCUAUAUGAUUUCCAACAACAGAAAUGUUGAAAUGAUUGAUGACGUUGGUUUGCGAGCAUUUACUUAUGCAGAACUUGUGCAAGCCACAAAUGAAUUCGAAGAAGAGCUCGGUAGAGGAGCAUCUGGCACAGUUUACAAAGGGAUUCUAUCAAACAACGAAAUUAUUGUGGCCGUGAAGAGGCUCGAGAAAGAAUUGGCAGGAAUGAGAGAGUUUCAAACUGAGAUGAAGGUGAUAGGGAAAACAUAUCAUCGUAUUCUUGUCCGUCUUCUUGGUUACUGCUUCGAAGGAUCCGAGUGGCUUCUGGUAUAUGAAUACAUGAGCAAUGGAUCACUUGCAGAUAUACUUUUCAAUCCCGAAAGUCGGCCAUGCUGGGAGGAAAGAAUUAGAAUCUCUCUUGAUAUUGCCAGAGGCAUCCUCUACUUGCACGAGGAGUGUGAGACACGGAUCAUUCAUUGUGAUAUUAAACCUCAAAACAUUCUCAUGGAUGAGCACAGAUGUGCAAAGAUUUCCGACUUUGGAUUGGCAAAACUCUUAAUGCUAGAUCAAACAUACACCAAUACAGGGAUCAGAGGAACAAGGGGUUAUGUUGCCCCAGAGUGGCUCAUGAAUUUACCAGUGACAGUCAAAGCAGAUGUUUACCGCUUUGGAAUUGUGUUGCUAGAAAUCAUAUGUUGUCGAAGAAGUGUUGAUCGAAGACUCUCUGAGAAUGAAGCUAUUCUUCAAGAAUGGGUUUACAACUGUUAUGCUGCCGGAGAGCUGAAUAAACUGGUGGGAUAUGAGGACGUUGACACAAGAACAUUGGACAGGAUGAUUAAAAUUGGUAUCUGGUGCAUCCAAGACGAGCCAUCUAUGCGUCCGUCAAUGAAGAAUGUUCUAUUGAUGCUGGAUGGGACUUUAGACAUUCCAGUACCUCCAUGUCCUAAUUCUUUCCGAAGUUCCAUUUAGAAUGAUUUUUUCCCACAUUCUGCAUUCUGUUUUAUCUUUUUUGUUGGUUUUGUGAAUGUAAUUUUAGUGUGAGAACAGUUAAUCAUUCAGGUAACAGAUUGAUUCGUCGUCAUUACUUGCAUUUUC